UAAAUAUAUGGGCUUUUAGAAGCAACACAUUGUGUUGCCUCAAAAGGGGCCUUUAGAGGCAACCAAUAAUUAGCGACGGACUUAUUAGAGGCAUCCACUUUUUUGCUUCAAAAACCCAUUAGAGGCUAAAUCCCUAUUUUUAGAGGCAAUUAUGACUUGCCCCUGUAUCCGAUUUUUCUAGUAGUGCUUGUUCUUCAAGAACCAGAGCAUCAAAUUUUCGAACCAGAUCUUGAGGAGCUUCCAAUGUAAAAUCAAAAUUGUCGACCUUCCGAUGAAGAAUCAUCAAAUUGAUUGAUAGAGAAAUAGAGUCUGGUUUCUAUCUCCUCUUAUCUAGCUCAAGAUCUGGUUCGUUCUCCUCUUCCCAAUUUUUUUUUUUUUUUGAAAUUUCUCAAUUUUUCGGUUUUGAUCUUCUGAUCCUUCAAACUCUAGCACUUUCCUUUCUCAAAUUUCUCACAUUUUCUUCUAGUACCCAUCAAUUUAAAGAACCCUAGAUUUUUUUCCCCCAAAUAUGAGUAGCCAUAAAAUCUGAAUCGUGAUUCUCGGUUGUUUUAUUCACCCGUGUUUGAUUUUCUUUUCAUGGAUAAUUAUUCACCCUUAGACUUCAAAGUUCCUCUCUACUUCUGCUAUAGUUCGGAGAGUGACGAUGAAUAUCUUACAAGACAUACAAAGUAUCCUAAGAAACCUCGAAUUACUGACAAGGAUGAGCCCAAGGACCCAGAUCUUUCUGAUGAAGAACCAUUCGUGAAUAGACCGUACAAGCAAUCUGAAGUUUUCCAUCAGGAUGUUGCUCGACCAUGUGGUCUUCGCGCGGAACCGAAAGCCCACAAUCAUAAUUGGAUAAUUGAAACUGAUGAUGUUGGUGAGAAAUCAGAUGAUAAUGACGAAGAAUUUGUUCCCUCAGCACCUUCUCACCCAACACAACUUGAGGAAGAGGUUGCUCAUGAUACACCUCCUAAAAGUUGGUCUCUUGAUUGUUGGGAAUGUGAGCCCAAUCGUGUUCGAUAUAUGUCAAAGAUUAGUGGUCCUAAAUCUAAUUACGAAGUGGACUCUGAUGAAACACAACCCUGAUCGGAUUCUCGGUGCUUCCUUCCAGAUAAAUCUCGAUUCUCGGAGCUCAGGAAGAACGAACCAGCGAAAAGGCUUAGCAAAUUGUGGAACUGAGAAUGUCAACUAUCGAGGUGACUAACGAUAUUAACGAGGGAGCUCGCAACGAUCACAACGUCCAUGUCAACGAUGACACUAUCUACGAGGAUGUCGCCCAUGAUGAUCCCUAUGACGAUCAACCUAUCGAAGAUCACAAAGAAAGGAUGGAACGAUUAGAAACCGUUAGCACGAUGUUAGCUGAAUUAAUCAAAGAUUCUCAGAAAAAGAAAUCGACGAAUGCGAACGAAAAUGCGUCAAUGUUCAAGAAGUUUUCAUCCCUGAACCCACCAUCUUAUGAUGGCAAGCCCGACCCUGUAGAAUUCGAGGAUUGGAUUAACCGCAUAGAUCAGUUGUUUGAAACCUUGCAAUGUCCUAAGGAAUGGAGAGUCGAUUUCGCCGUGUUUUACUUAACGGGUCAAGCAAGUUUAUGGUGGAAAGUUAAUAAGGAAAGGAAGAAUGAGCCUAGAUUUAGUUGGACCGAACUGCAAAAGUUAUUAAGAGACAAGUUUUAUCCACCAUCCCUGAGGAAACAAAAGGAAGACGAGUUUUUACACUUGCAACAAGGAACAAUGAGUGUUAUGGAAUAUGCAAACAAGUUCAUGGAAUUGUCAAGAUUUGCACCGGAGCUGUUAUCGACAGAACAAUCUAGGAUGAACCGUUUUGAGCGAGGUCUUCAUUUGAAGUACCAAGAUAGGUUGGCAACUCAAAGGUUUACUUCCUAUCAAGAUAUGGUUGAUAUUGCAGUUAAUGUUGAACGAGUUGUAUUACUUCGAGAAGCGCAAAAUGUUGGUGAUAAAAGGAAAAAUGAUAAUCAAAACCAUGGAGGAGCUAAAAGGCCAAACCAAGGAAACCAUAAUUAUAGAAGAGGCCAAGGUCAUAACGAUAGAGCAGUUCGUAAUGUAUGGUGUGCUAAGUGUGGAAAGAGAAACCAUACCGAAAGUGAAUGUCGUGCAGGAACAAAGACAUGUUAUCGAUGUGGAGGAAAAGAUCAUUUUGUCAGAGACUGCCCUAAACCACCUCCCACGGAUAUUGGAAGAACAACCUCGACCAAUCAUGAACGAAACAACAACGAUGCUAGGGUUAAUCAUGAUCCACCACGACCACCAAUAUCUGGAAAGGCUUACAUGAUGAGAGCUGACAAGGAAGAAGAAGAUGACGCUGACGCUGAUACUAUUUCAAUUUAGUUCUUAUGUACGUUUGAACCUAAGUUUCCUGUUUUAGAUUUGAAUCAUGUUAUAGAUAUUUUGACAAGGACAUGUUAUGAAAUGUUUAAGGAUCAUUAAUGUCCUCGAGGAAGUUUAUGAAAGAAUUAAUAAAAGCAUGAUUUUGUGGAUAUGAAUUGUUUUAAGGAACUUUUAUGUUUAUGAAUUAUUUAAGGUUGAUUUUGGAGUACCAAAAGAGCAUGAGUUUGUAUUUAGAGAUGAAUGAUAGAGUACAAGAAGAGUGUGAGUUGUAUUUCAUGAAAGGUGAAUCAUCACUUAAAUCAAGGAUAUUCAGUGUUCAAAGCGUUUAAAUUAUGAUUAAGGUUGAUUUAUGGGUUAUUUUCCCGCACCCUUCAUAAUGAUUGUUUUGUGGUUAUAAGCAUCUAAGUGUAUUCUCAGAUACGUUAAGGAAGUUAAGCUCGAAUAUUAAAAAGUUAUGCAAAAAUAUUAUGUGAUCGAGACCAAACAUGAUUUAUGGUGAAAUAUGAAAUUGAGGUUACACAUGGAGUUCUGAGGAUUAUACCAAAGGAAGUAAUCAGGAAUUAGUCUGUCAGUAAGGUCGAUGGUGUUUUUAGUCUACCUUUCCGCAUCAUUUAUAGGAUUGUUUUUGAAAGAAUGCUUGAUAAUCUCCAUAAAGAAAGCUAAGCGAGGAAAUGUAAGGUUUGCGAAAACGUUAUGUGGAAAAAUAUGAUUUAUGGUGAAAGCAUGAGAUUGAGUUUUGCAUAUAAGUUUCAAGGAUCUUACCAAAAUAAGUUAUCGAGAAUUAGUCUGUCUAUGAGGUUGAUAAUAUCAAUGAAUGUUAUGAAGUUCGAAAGGAAUUAUGAAUGACUGAGGAAUGCAAUAAGAAAAGAAAUCGACGAAAUGACAUGUCUGUAAAACCAGGUAGUAUGAACUAAGUUUCUGGAAUCUAGAUUUUUUUUUUUCUGAUAAAGGCACGUGUGAUGGCUUAGAAUUAUCCGCCAAAGCCCAAGUGUUUGUCGACUUAAAAUACUAAGGAUAUAGCAAAGUCAUAUAUUUACGAUGUGUUUCCCGUCACGUGAAUGGACUCGAAUCCCUGCAACGAACGUAGUCAACAAAGUUGUGUGACGUAGAAGAAAAGAUCGGAAAUCGAAAUCGAAACGAAUCGAAUAUCGAAAGUCAACGAUAAGUUUCCUGCAACAAAGAAGCCCAAUGGAAAAUGAAAGCGAAAUAUCUCUAAUUAUUCGCCCCCGAACGAUAUGAUGUAUGAAUUACUAUGUUUUCUAUGAAUGAUUAUGUUAUGGUCAACCAUGCUCGUGUGUUAGAUGUUAUGCUUAUGUUGAAUUUGAAAUGUUCACAUGAAUUAUGUCUCUAUGAUAUGGAUUAUGUUUAUGCUGACAUGAUUGUACUGGUGAUCUAAUUGUUAUACAUGGAUGCCGUCUCCGAUGGAAGUUCUACUGAGCUCAGAGUACGAGAUUGAUAUAAUGAAUGACUUUUACAAAUUAUUCGAGUAUUGAAAUUAGUUGAUAAAUAUUUAUUUUUACCACAUAUACAUAUAUUUUCAGAAUUAUAAUUUAAUUUUCAUUAAAAGUUACUAUUUUCGGUAGAAAAUAUUAUCAAACAAGAUAUCACAAAGUAAAAUGCAUGGGAGCGUAGUCUAUGCUAACAAGUUUGCCCCUUUUAUGUUCUUUGCUCCUCGAUCCUAUUUUAUGAAGUAAAGUGGAGAUACUAAAGAUGAUGGCGGAAUGUAAUUGACCAUAAUGACGAUUAAGGAUCAAUAUAAUUUUGCCCCUUUUGUAUUCUUUACUCUUCGAUUCUAGGUCUCGAGUUGAAGCGGAGUCCUAAAAGAUGAUGGCGGAAUGAAGGCUAGACAUUGUCAGAAUUGAAAUUGUGAGAUCUUGGUUUUAAAAUAAAACAUCAUACUUUCAUUCGAGUGUUUUCAAUUUUAUCAAUCAUUUUUAUAAAUCUAAUUUUCAAGUUUCGAGGACGAAACUUUUUCUAAGGGGGUAAGAAUGUAAUAACCCAAAUUUUUAAAACUCGAUUAAUUAUGCUUAAUUAUUUUAAUUUAGCUUAAAAUCG